GGGGCGAAGAUGGCGGACCAAAUCCCGCUGCACCCGGUGCCGCGCAGCACUCAACGGAGGGCGGCUUAUUACACCAACGCCCCCGCCGCUCAGCGGCACAACAGGUAUCAGGUAGAAGACGAGUCAUCUCACUUGGAUGAAAUGCCCUUAAUGAUGUCAGAAGAAGGCUUUGAAAAUGAUGAAAGUGAUUACCAUACUUUACCAAGAGCCAGGAUUUCUCAAAGAAAAAGAGGCAUAGAAUGGUUUGUGUGUGGUGGCUGGAAAUUUCUCUGUACCAGUUGCUGUGACUGGCUCAUAAACGUUUGCCGAAGAAAGAAACAACUCAAAGCACGCACAGUAUGGCUUGGAUGUCCUGAAAAAUGUGAAGAAAAGUAUCCAAGAAAUGCUAUAAAAAAUCAAAAAUACAAUAUCUUUACAUUUAUACCCGGGGUUUUAUAUGAACAGUUCAAGUUUUUCUUGAAUCUUUAUUUUCUCGUUGUCUCCUGCUCACAGUUUGUACCAGCGCUGAAAAUAGGCUACCUCUACACCUAUUGGGCUCCUCUGGGAUUUGUUUUGGCUGUCACAGUGGUUCGGGAGGCAGUUGAUGAAUUUCGUCGUUACCAGCGAGACAAGGAAAUGAACUCGCAGUUAUAUAGCAAGCUCACAAUACGAGGUAAAGUUCAAGUUAAAAGCUCAGACAUUCAAGUUGGAGACCUCAUCAUAGUGGAAAAGAAUCAGCGAAUUCCAUCUGACAUGGUGUUCCUAAGAACUUCAGAAAAAACAGGUUCAUGUUUUAUCCGAACUGAUCAGCUAGAUGGUGAAACAGACUGGAAAUUAAAAGUUGCUGUUAGUUGCACACAGAGGUUGCCAGCUUUAGGGGAUCUUUUUUCAAUCAGUGCAUAUGUUUAUGCUCAGAAGCCACAAAUGGAUAUUCACAGCUUUGAGGGUACAUUUACACGGGAAGACAGUGAUCCAACUGUUCAUGAAAGCCUAAGCAUAGAAAAUACAUUAUGGGCAAGCACUGUUGUUGCUUCAGGAACAGUAAUUGGUGUUGUCAUUUACACGGGAAAGGAGACUCGAAGUGUAAUGAACACAUCCAAUCCAAAGAAUAAGGUUGGUUUGCUGGACCUUGAACUGAAUCAACUGACCAAAGCACUGUUCUUGGCUCUAGUUGCACUUUCAAUUGUCAUGGUAACCUUGCAAGGGUUUGUGGGUCCAUGGUAUCGGAACCUUUUUCGGUUUCUCCUCCUUUUUUCCUACAUAAUCCCUAUCAGCUUACGUGUGAACCUUGAUAUGGGCAAAGCAGCCUAUGGAUGGAUGAUUAUGAAGGAUGACAAUAUACCUGGGACAGUUGUUCGUACCAGCACCAUACCUGAAGAACUGGGGCGUCUAGUAUAUCUACUGACUGAUAAAACAGGUACACUGACCCAGAAUGAGAUGAUAUUUAAGCGCCUCCAUCUAGGCACUGUGUCAUACGGCACAGACACAAUGGACGAAAUUCAGAAUCAUAUUAUCGGUUCCUACUCUCAGGCACAUUCCCAAUCUAGUGGAAACAGCACCAGUGCAACACCUUCCCGAAAAGUACAGUCUUCUGCACCUAAAGUCCGCAAAACUGUCAGCAGUCGAAUACACGAAGCGGUAAAAGCUAUUGCGUUAUGUCACAAUGUUACACCUGUCUAUGAAUCCCGAGCAGGAGUGACUGGAGAAACAGAAUAUGCAGAAGUCGAUCAGGAUUUCAGUGACGAAAACAGAACUUAUCAAGCUUCUAGCCCUGAUGAGGUAGCACUGGUGCAGUGGACAGAGAGCGUUGGCCUUACUUUGGUCAACAGGGAUCUUACUUCAAUGCAGCUGAAAACCCCUGGUGGGCAAAUUCUGACCUACUACAUUCUGCAAAUUUUCCCUUUCACAUCUGAGAGCAAGCGGAUGGGAAUCAUAGUGAGAGAUGAAUCUACAGGUGAAAUCACGUUUUACAUGAAAGGUGCAGAUGUUGCCAUGUCCUCUAUUGUCCAGUAUAAUGACUGGCUAGAAGAGGAGUGUGGUAACAUGGCAAGAGAAGGACUGCGCACGCUGGUGGUUGCCAAAAAAUCUUUAACAGAAGAACAGUACCAAGAUUUUGAGAACAGAUAUAACCAAGCAAAAUUGAGUCUACACGACCGAGGCCUCAAGGUGGCUGCAGUCGUGGAGAGUUUAGAAAGAGAAAUGGAAUUGCUCUGCCUCACCGGAGUUGAAGAUCAACUACAGGCUGACGUUCGGCCAACUCUGGAGAUGCUGCGAAAUGCUGGAAUAAAGAUAUGGAUGCUAACAGGUGAUAAAUUGGAGACUGCCACUUGUAUCGCAAAAAGUUCUCACUUGGUAUCCAGAACGCAAGAUAUUCAUAUUUUCAGACCUGUAACCAGUCGUGGAGAAGCUCACUUGGAACUGAACGCAUUCAGAAGGAAACACGACUGCGCUUUGGUAAUAUCUGGAGACUCCCUGGAGGUCUGUUUGAAGUACUAUGAACAUGAAUUUGUAGAAUUGGCAUGUCAGUGUCCGGCCGUAGUGUGCUGCCGAUGUUCACCCACCCAAAAAGCUCACAUUGUAAAAUUAUUGCAGCACCACACUGGAAAACGUACAUGUGCAAUAGGUGAUGGAGGAAAUGAUGUCAGUAUGAUCCAGGCAGCAGACUGUGGAAUUGGAAUUGAAGGGAAGGAGGGAAAGCAGGCUUCCUUGGCGGCCGACUUUUCCAUUACACAGUUUAAGCACAUUGGCAGGCUACUGAUGGUCCAUGGUCGCAACAGUUACAAAAGAUCGGCAGCACUUGGUCAGUUUGUCAUGCACAGAGGCCUUAUUAUUUCAACUAUGCAGGCUGUAUUUUCUUCAGUCUUCUAUUUUGCGUCUGUUCCUUUAUACCAGGGUUUCCUAAUGGUAGGGUAUGCAACCAUAUACACUAUGUUUCCAGUCUUCUCCUUAGUGCUGGAUCAGGAUGUUAAACCAGAAAUGGCACUGCUGUACCCUGAACUUUACAAAGACCUUACUAAGGGAAGAUCUUUGUCAUUUAAGACCUUCCUCAUCUGGGUUUUAAUCAGUAUUUAUCAAGGUGGCAUUUUGAUGUAUGGAGCUCUCCUGCUUUUCGAAUCUGAGUUUGUCCAUGUCGUUGCCAUUUCCUUCACUGCUCUUAUCCUGACCGAGCUCUUGAUGGUUGCACUUACCAUACGAACGUGGCACUGGUUAAUGGUGGUGGCUGAAUUCUUCAGUCUUGGCUGCUAUGUGGCCUCUCUUGCAUUUCUAAAUGAAUAUUUUGGUAUAGGCAGAGUGUCUUUCGGAGCUUUCUUAGAUCUUGCCUUUAUCACAACUGUGACCUUCCUGUGGAAAGUGUCGGCCAUCACCGUCGUCAGCUGUCUUCCACUUUAUAUUCUGAAGUACUUAAAACGUAAAUUCUCCCCUCCGAGUUACUCCAAACUUACCUCGUAAAAAUG